AUGGCCAUCCAUAAUCGCUCUCCCAGUUCACCGACCCCAGACAGAAUAUUCCUCGAAGCAUGCGACAUUUACUUCCGCCAUUGUCAUAACAAGCCGUACGGCUUUUUUAAUUCGGACCUUUUCCAUCACAAGGCCACGAAGAACCAAGUCCCUCUGUACCUUCGGCUAGCCCUGAUCGCCACCGCGACCCGCUACUCGUCCCGAUCGCAAUGGAAAGAACGGAAACAGAGCACGAUCGACGAGUAUGCUCGCUGCGCUUGGGAGCAAAUCACGACUUCUCCAGAUGCACUGGGCGAACAUGAUGAUGUGGCUGUCAUUCAGGCUUUGGCGCUGCUUGCAGUGAUUGAUGCGACUGCCGGUCGACGUCGAGGCGCGUGGGUGAAGAUUGGAAUGGCAGUGCGUAUCAGUCAGGAUUUGAGAAUGAUGCAAGAGCCCAGCUCCAGGCUCUGUGAGAUGGAAAGGGAAGAACGUCGGAAUCUCUUCUGGUCUUUGUAUCUCCUGGACCGCUUCGUAUGUUGCUCAUUUCAAAGACCACCCGCUAUUCAGGAUUCAGAUUGUCUUCUGAAUUUGCCGACAUAUCAUGGUUCAGGAAAAUGGACAGAUUCCAUUACACUGAGCGGCUUGUUGGAUGAGAAGGUUCGAAAUUCGACCUUCAAACCAGGCAUGUUUGGUAUCAGUAUCGGUCUCGCUGCCGUUCUCGGGCGAACGAUCAAGUGCAUGAUGAACAAUGAACCUAACCAAGACGUACCAUGGCAUCCUGUUUCAGAGUACGGCUCGAUCUAUACCGAUCUCGAGUUUCUGAAGGAGCUCGCCGUCAAAAAUGGUCCUGUUCUCGCCGAGCCCGGUCAGCCUCGGUCUCAAAAUGACAUGUCAGAUGGGGAUCGUGAGCAGAUUGCACACAUGGUUCUCUCGCACACCUUAUACCAUCUCUCCCACUGCAUCCUCGGUCAUCCAUUCCUUCUGGGUAUGAAACUGCAGUCAUCGGCGCAUUCCGAAAUUCCCUCCGCCUGGUUGGACGAAACACGCAGCACUUGCUUAAAACAUGCUGGAUCCCUGGUGACAGUUCUUGUUGAAGCCAAAGCGGCCGGAUACAUGCCGGUACCUUCUGUUUACAGCUACUGCAUUCUGGUCGCGAGUACAAUUCACGCAUUGCAUGUCCACAGUGAUGACCUCUCUACCAGCCGGAGCUCAGCAGAGUACUUAAGAACGUCACUCUAUUACUUGGGUGAAAUAUCCGAACUAUGGAGCAAUGCUCAGAUGAUGGCCAACGCAUUAAAGGCCUUCGCUUUCCAAUGUGCACGAUAUAGAGACAUCCUUCUCCGCAACAAUCCACGAGUUGAAGAACUUACCGAGACCGAAAUGACAAUUCUCAAAUCAGUGGUGGAUUAUUGGACAAUGAUGGACCCACAGAACCCCGUCUUCGAUUUGAUACCAUCGGAUUCGGACAGCUUCUCGGAAAUCUUCGAAAAAGGUCAUGGCUACUUGACUCCUCCUUCUCCUGCGCUGGCCGAUGGGGUGACACUCGGAGUCAGUAUGCCUGAUUUCAUCAUACAUAAGGGGUAUUCCGCAAAUGUUGACCCUGAUAUUCUGGUUCGCGUUCCGCUUUCGGCGAUGUCGCCUAUUGCUUCUGAUGAUGGGAAGGAGCCGGGAUGGGAUUGGGAGACUGAGUUGAAUGCCUUUCAUGAAUGA